UCUUUGAGGCAAAUUCGGUUAGAGUUGUUAAGUUUUCCCGCCGAAAAAAGUGUAAAAAAUAUCAACUUUGAAAUCAAGAGGAAGAAUAGAGAUCAUGCGGGCAAAGAGGAACACUGAAUCUUUCGUGGUCGCUUUCUCCGAUUUCUUCGUUUUUCUGAAAUCCCUUCUUUUUUUUCUCUAUCUUCACCAUUUUUUCUUCUCCGAUUUCAGGUUUUCGUGGGCCGACGAUCGCUGCAUUAACUUACGGUCUGCGUAAUUCAAUACGGGAACUUGAAAUUUACAUAUAGCAUUUUGUGCAAUGCGGUUGGCAUUUGGAUUGACUUACUUCACUAGUUAAAGAUGAGGAGGUUGACUCAGUGAUAUGGAUUCGGCUAAGAGUUGGUUCAAUAAGCUUCAGCCCCGUGAUAAAUUGAGGUCCGCGUCCAAAAAGAAGGAUUCUGGGAUGGGGGGCAAGGAAGACUGGACUCCAAUUGUUGACGAAGAUACACCAUCAAAUAUCACACAGCAAAGGGUUGCAGCGGCAAAGCAAUAUAUUGAGAAACAUUACAAGGAGCAAACGAGGAAUCUGCAAGAGAGGAGAGAACGUCGGAGUGUAUUAGAGAGGAAGUUGGCUGAUGCUGAUGUGUCUGAGGAAGAUCAGAACAAUCUAUUAAAGUUUUUGGAGAAGAAAGAAACUGAGUAUAUGCGCCUUAAAAGGCAUAAAAUGGGUGCUGAUGAUUUUGAGCUGUUGACAAUGAUUGGGAAGGGUGCAUUUGGUGAGGUCAAAGUUUGCAGGGAAAAAACAACAGGAAGUGUAUAUGCUAUGAAAAAGCUCAAAAAGUCGGAGAUGCUUCGACGUGGACAGGUCGAACAUGUAAAAGCUGAAAGGAAUCUUCUUGCAGAAGUUGACAGCAAUUGCAUUGUAAAGCUUUACUGUUCAUUCCAAGAUGAGGAAUACUUGUAUCUCAUUAUGGAGUAUCUUCCUGGUGGGGAUAUGAUGACUUUACUCAUUAGAAAGGAUACAUUAACAGAUGAUGAGGCAAGAUUUUAUGUUGCAGAAACAGUUUUGGCUGUUGAAUCAAUCCACAAGCACAACUACAUCCAUAGAGACAUUAAACCUGAUAACUUGCUGCUUGAUAAAUUUGGGCACUUGAGAUUGUCGGACUUUGGACUUUGUAAACCAUUAGACUGUAGUACUCUUGAAGAAAAGGAUUUUGAAGUUCAGAGUGGAAGUGGAGGUUCUCCAACUGAUGAUGGCUCUACAAAACUGAGACGCACUCAGCAAGAGCAACUGCAACACUGGCAGAAGAAUCGACGAAGGCUUGCUUAUUCUACUGUUGGUACACCUGAUUAUAUUGCACCCGAAGUUCUUUUGAAGAAGGGUUAUGGAAUGGAAUGUGAUUGGUGGUCACUUGGGGCAAUAAUGUUUGAAAUGCUUGUAGGAUAUCCACCUUUUUACUCAGAUGACCCCAUGACAACAUGUAGGAAGAUAGUGAACUGGAGGACUCAUUUGAAGUUCCCUGAGGAAGCAAGGAUAUCUCCAGAAGCAACAGAUCUUAUCAGUAAACUGUUGUGCAAUGUUAAUCAGAGACUUGGAUUAAAUGGUGCUGAUGAAAUAAAGGUUCAUCCUUGGUUUAACGGCAUUGAUUGGGAGAGGAUAUAUCAAAUGGAAGCUGCUUUUAUCCCUGAGGUCAACAAUGAGUUGGACACUCAGAAUUUUGAGAAGUUUGAUGAGGCUGAUCAUCAAUCUCAAACAUCAUCGAAAUCAGGUCCAUGGAGGAAGAUGCUUUCAUCCAAGGACUUGAAUUUUGUGGGAUACACUUACAAGAACUUCAAAAUUGUGAAUGAUUAUCAAGUUCCAGGCAUUGCUGAACUGAAGAAGAAAGACAAGCCUAAAAGGCCAACGAUCAAAUCGCUCUUUGAGAACGAGUCAUCAGAUUCAUCAGAAGCUACAACUAGUAGUGAUCAAUCUGUUCAAGGGAGUUUCUUGAAUCUCUUGCCUCCCCAAUCAGAAGUUUCUCAGAAUCAAACCGAUAGUCUAUUGAUAAACUCUUCCUAGAUACUCUCGGAAGCAUCAGGUGGCCAACAAGUAGGAUAAGUUCUUAUAACAUCAGGUCAGUUUAUGACAGUAAUCCUUGUUGCAUUGCAAUUUGCAACAUUUGGGAAUACACUCAAAGGAGUAGAAUAAGGAUAGCGUUUUCUCAAGCUAAUUUUUGACUUGGGUCCUUUGAUAUCCAUUGCUGUAAAAAUCUUCCCUUUACCACACAAAACUUGUAAAGUGAAUCCUAUUUAUUGAUGGCUGAUGCCUCAUUCUUUUUGCAUCAUCCUUCGUACUUCCAAGCUGCAAAGCUUCUUGUACAAAUGUACUAGUGUUUAAUGAAAAAGUAAUUUUUCUUAAUGUUUGGAUCG